UGUUAAGUUGUGAAGUGAAUGUCUGACAGCUCCGCAUCAGAUCUCAGCAGUAUGAGUGGACUUAAAGUCCUGGUUGUCAUAAUCUGGAUGUUGAGAGGCGCUGCCAGCGACAAAUGGGAAAUUAAGAUGCCUAAGAAAAUAGAUGCGAUAAGUGGCUUCUGUGUUCAAAUUCCAUGUCAGUUUGAGAUCCCCGACUCAUUCAAACAGUCCCUAAACAAAAUUGUUGAGGCAAUUUGGAGAAAAACAAGCAUAGAUGGGCCAAACGUGUCUCUUCUAAAAGGAAAUGUGAUUGGCAACAUCUUAGACAAAAAUUGCACCACUGUGUUUCACAACUUUCCUGAUGGAUUCAGUGACACAUUUUUCUUCAGACUUCAGGGUCCUGAACCUCUCUUGUACACAUUUCAGCAAGGAGUAGACAUCACAGUCCAUAAAGAUGUUCCCCCACCUAUCUUGAGCUCAAAUGUUCAGGUGAUGGAAGUUCUAGAGGGCACCAGCUUGACACUGACCUGCUCCACUGUGAUCUCAUGUCCCUCAAUCCAACCUCAGAUGCAGUGGAACCCACAGCUAGGAGAACAGCUCACACCAGCCCUGCAGGAGGAUGAAUUUGGACAGACACUGUUGGUCUCCUCUCAGAUGUUCAAUGCAACUCCUCUAAUUGACCGCCUGAAAAUCUCCUGCUCUCUUUUGUACUCUCAGGGCACCAAAAGACCAGCUGAAAGCAGCGUUACCCUUAGAGUGUUGUAUGCUCCCAGAAACACCAUAGCCCUGGUCAGUCCAUCGGAUCCAGUGUCUGAAGGCAGUGUGGUGGUGCUGAGCUGUCAUAGUGAUGCCAACCCUGCAGUUCAGCGCUAUGAGUGGUACAAAGACAGUGGAUCUGGAAAGCUAGAGUUACAGAAUCAAGGACAGACUCUAACAUUGAUAGCCAGAAGUACCGUUCAGGGUCUAUAUGUCUGCGAGGUCUACAACAACCACGGGACUGAACGAUCGAGGCCUAUCGCUGUGGACAUAAAUAGUUGCCAGUGCUCCAUUGUAUCGUACAUUGUAUGUGGACUUCUGACUCUUUUCUUAAUUCUUAUUACUGCAGUGGAUUUGGUCAAAUACAAAAGCCUGUUAAAAAGACUUCAAGCGUCUGAAAGUUUGCGAGGACCCAUGACCUACGACACCCUCCACGGGACCAGUGACUCAGUGUACAAUGUAAUACAGACAAGGGCCAGCAAAACUGAAGACGACUAUGAAAACAGAAACUAUGGUAAACCUCAGCCCAAGUAGGAGUUGUGGCCUAGAAGUUAGCUAAAUACAAAAUACUGUGGUGUUCAGGUUGAAGACGCAGGUUCCAAUCUCUCCUGGGGCCUGCAUGUCUCAAGCCAUUUUCUGUUAUUUUUUGUUUCAUAUCUCUAAAUGACAAUAGUCCAAAUAAUUAAUCAAAUCAAAAUGACAGAACUGGUAUCAUCUGAAUCGUGUGGUCAGUACGAUUUUUUUUUUUUCUGAUAAAUU